AUGAAGUUCGCCACAUCAACCCUCAUCCUCGCCCUCGCGAGCCUGACAGCUGCUGUUCCCGCCCCGGCCGCUGAGCCAGACGGUGUCUCCGUGGUCAGCGGCCUCGAGGCCAGACAAAACGUCAACUGGUACGGGAUCCGAGACGUGUCCCAGAUCGCACUGGAUCGCCUGACCGGUGGCGUGGCCGAUGCCAUCAACAACCUCGCCAACGAAGUGGCCCCCGCCGGGGGUAACCUCCAACAAGCGAUGAAUGACGCGUACAACCGCCUCUCCCAGCUACACAGCGCUCUCAACACCAUCCAUUCCGCUGCCGUUUCGGUGUUACCUAACUAUGGAACUUUGACUCUUUUAACCAUCUCAGACAACAAGGGCAGUGAGGCAGAGGACUUGCCUGGGCAAGCGGCGCAGCACUCGGACAAAAUUCCCCAGCACGACGCCGUCGCUGGUGGCAUUGCUGCCAUUUUUGCCGCACACGCCGCCGCCGCCGCCGCCGCAAAGGACAGACAAAUCGCCAGGCUGAUACUCUGCCGUUGCCCCCGGAGCAACUACACCAUGGAGAAGUGCGGUUCCCCCCCGCACCACCAAGAGCUUCCCCCAUCGACGACGACGGCGGCACCCGACCCCAACCCCGUCGCGGACGACACCACGCUCGAGCGGGAGGGCAAGACGCUGGCCAUGGUCCGUUCCACCCAGCUGUGGCGGUUGUACAACAGGCUCAACAACCGCGGCGCCGCUCUCGAGUCCGCUCGCUCUUUCCACCGCCUUGUUCUCAAGCUUGUGGAGGAAAGGUUGAUCACCGAGCGGAGGCUGUUUUUUUUGUGGGAGGAUUGUAAUGAUCCUGGUUUUGUCGGUGGCAGUUUAAUGAAUACAUGA